CUCUUUGUUCGAUGACUAAUUCAGCGGAGGGUUCUUCAUCGAAAGGUUUAAAGCGAUCACGCGUGGGGCUAAUGUCAGAGGGAGAGGGGGGACAUCUCACAUCGGGCAUCGGGUAUCGCUCAAUACCGUAUCUAUACGAAAUCUGGUUGCACAAGCAUUAGCGGUGACUAGCUGUCUUAUUACGGAACGGAAACAUCCUUACGGAAACUCCGGCGGAUAACCUUGGAUAACCUAAGAUAAUCGACAGCUGCUUAUAGAAUGGGUUUUCAUAAUGUCACUCAUUGCAUUUUCGACAUGGACGGUUUGUUACUAGAUACGGAAUCCCUGUAUACAAUGGCAUACAAUUGCGUCACUCAGGAAUAUGGAAAAACAUACAGCUGGGAGCACAAAGCAAAGAUUAUGGGUUUUAAAAGCGCCGAGGCCCUACAAAAAAUAAUAGAUAUGUUACAGCUGCCGAUUACGGUGCAAACGUUUGAAGACAAGCUCGCUCCUAUAUAUCAAGAAGUGUUUCCUGGAUGCGAUCUUAUGCCGGGUGCGGAGAAGUUGCUGCAGCAUCUUAAAAAACAUAAUAUACCUAUCGCACUGGCUACAAGUUCGAGUGAGGACAGCAGCGAUUUAAAAACCCAGAAGUGGAAACAUCUAUUUGACCUGUUCGAUCACAAGGUGUAUGGUGGUUCCGAUCCAGAGGUCGUCAAAGGGAAACCACAUCCAGAUAUAUUUUUGAUUGCCGCGAAACGUUUCCCUGAUAAUCCCGAUCCUUCAAAGUGCCUAGUCUUCGAAGAUUCGCCGAACGGUGUGCAGGCUGGUAUUGCCGCUAAGAUGCAAGUGGUAAUGGUGCCGGAUCCUCAGCUUCCCGAAGACGUCUUCAAAAACGCUACCCUAGUCUUAAACAGUUUGGAAGAUUUCAAGCCGGAGGAUUUUGGACUACCGCCAUUUGUAGCAUAAAACUGCAUAUGCCUUAAUUUGCGAAAGAGAGUAUUAGACGUAUUAGAUUCAAUUUAUCGUAUAGAUAAAGCAGAUAAUUGUCGGCGAAAAAGAAACAGAAACCUGCAGGCAGGUUUUCCCACUGGCGAAGUACUGACUGAUGUAAAUAGGUUUUUGAAAAAAGAAAAAAAGAAAAGAUGACACGACUAUUAUGUUCUGGAGAUGUAUAUUUUCACAUACAACAUAGGAGAGUUAUCACUGCCUGAAACCGAAAACUUACAUCAUACAGUUGGCACAUAUCGCAUACAAGAGAUCUCUGCAGCAUAUGUUUAUUAAUGGUAUGAAGCGUAUGAAGUUCCAGUCAUCGUUAUAUCUACGUUUAUUGAUUUACUUAUUGGGCGUUAAGUUUCGAUGUCGGAACUUAUCCUCUGAUGUUCCUUUUUUUUACACAACAAUUACAUUUUAUUUUAUUUUAAGUUAAAGUGUAAAACGAAUAUUCUUAAUAUAUAAAAAUGAUGGGAAAAAAGUAAAUAUUUUUUGCAAGAAAAUGGCAACUCUGUGCAUUUUUCUUGUCAAUAAUUUUUAUAAUCAAGUUACAAGUUUAUAACCC